AUGCAUGCGUCUCGCAUACUUCAAUCUACCAUAUCUAUACUGGCCCUACUAAGCCAAUUUCAACUCUCAACAGCAUCGCCAUCAGAAUCUGAGGAAAGUCUCGACGAGGCUACUCUAGAGAAGCGCUGCUCGAACCCUUGCGGUUAUUAUAGCCAGCUUUGCUGCAGUGCAAGCGAGACAUGCAGCACCAACAGUGAUGGCGAAGCCGAGUGUGUCAGCAGCGGCAGCUGGGAGUAUUUCACCACCACAUAUGUCGUGACCGAGACCGAGCGUGCCACCUUCACUUCAACAUGGAGCUCCUACAUUUCGGCGACAUCGACCUCGAGUUGCAAUGCUGCAUAUGGCGAGACGGUCUGCGGUAGCAGCUGUUGCGGUGCUGCAUAUGUCUGUUCCGACAAUCAAUGUAUCCUGGGAAGUACGUCAAUCUGGGCGACUGCGACUGCCACACCACCCGUACGCGGAACCACAUUGUCAACUGCCACUCACACAGCCACAACUACCGAGCCUUUUAUCGCCCCCGUAAGUACAGGUGGAACGCCGUUGGUUGAGAAAGACUCGAGCGGAGGACUCAGCGGCGGAGCAAUCGCGGGCAUUGUUAUCGGAACAAUUGCUGGUGUAUUUCUCUUGCUGCUCCUUUGUGCUUGUAUGUGUUGCCGUGGAGCACUGGAUUCCAUUCUCGCUUGUCUGGGGCUCGGUGGUGGUAGGAAGAGGAGAGAGACGACCUAUGUCGAAGAGCGUCGUCGUCAUCAUCAUUCUUCCGGCGCUAGGCCCGAGCAGCGUACUUGGUUUGGCAGUCGACCCGCAGCGUCUACAGCAGGUGGUGGUGGUAAACAGAAAAAGUCCGGUAUGGGUGCUUUGGCGACUAUUGGAAUCGUUCUGGGUGCGCUUGCGCUGUGUCUAGGGUUGAAGAGGCGCAGAGACAAUCGGGACGAGGAUGAGAAGACCGAUUACUCGUACCCGAGCAGCUAUUACUACUACUCUUCCGACUACUAUACCAACGAUGGUCAGAAGCACGGUAGUGACAGAAGAUCGACGGACAAGAGACACUAG